AUGUCGAGCACAGGUUUCACCAGCCCUUUUGGGAACGCAAACCCGUUUGGCGGUUCAGGCAGAUCUGAAUCUGGCCCAAUGCAUAGGCUGGUUGAGGAAGACGAGAACGAUACUAUCACUUCGCCUACAAACCGCCACUUCGGCGUCAAGAACGACACUGCGCCCUCGUUGUGGAGCGGCUUCGGCGGCGAUGCUCCGUCGGACCUGCCCGUCUGGCGCCAACCCGACGACUUCCCUGCUCACUACAACUUGGGUCGCCGGACCUCCGUUUCGGCAGAAUCCCUGAAACCAGUUACGGAUAACUCCGAUAACUGGUCACCUCCUGUUCACCAGAAGACACCAGAGCAGCUUGAGCGUUUGAAGAAAGCCAUCGGCGGCAACUUUCUUUUCAGUCACCUUGAGGACGACCAGAGUGCCCAGGUAUUGGGUGCUUUGGUAGAGAAGCCGGUGCCUGCUAAAGGGAUUAAGGUGAUCACUCAAGGCGAUGCCGGUGAUUAUUUCUAUGUGGUAGAGAAGGGAAGUUUCGAGGUUUAUGUCAACAGCACCGGCGCUCUCCAACCCGGCCCGGACGGUAUGGGACAGAAGGUUGGCGAGAUUGCGGAGGGUGGCUCUUUUGGUGAGCUUGCCCUCAUGUACAACGCACCCCGUGCUGCCACUGUCGUCUCUGCUGAGGCCCAGUGCACACUAUGGGCGCUUGAUCGUGUCACCUUCCGGCGAAUUCUCAUGGAGUCGACCUUCUCUCGUCGUCGGAUGUACGAGAGCUUUCUCGAAGAAGUGCCCAUCCUCAAGACCCUUACGCCAUAUGAGCGGUCCAAGAUUGCGGAUGCUCUCGAGAGCCAAAAGUACCCUGCUGGCCAUGAGAUCAUCCUUGAGGGUGACCCCGGCAACUCCUUCUUCCUGUUGGAGGCUGGCGAGGCGGCAGCGUUCAAGCGAGGAAACGAUUCUCCAGUUAAGUACUACAAGAAGGGCGAUUUCUUCGGUGAGCUUGCGCUGCUGAACGAUGCCCCUCGCGCGGCCAGCGUCAUUAGCCAGACUGAGGUCAAGGUUGCCAGGCUUGGCAAGAAUGCUUUCCAGAGAUUGCUUGGUCCGAUCGAAAGCAUCCUGCGGAGGACCAGGUAUGGUGAAGUGGAAGAGGUGGAUCCUUUGCAGGUGUCUUGA